CUUCUUUCUGGCUCUGAGUGUGACGGUCACUUCCAUCAUGAAGCCAGCCUUUACAGGGGAACAGAUUUCGAAGUGGUUCACAUCAGGGACCACACUCGCCACCUUGAACCUAAAAGAUAACACCGAAAGUUCUACUCCGGCAGAGCCCAGUCCGGUAAAACCUGAUGAUUCCAGCCAGAAAGCUGAUGUUGGACGGAUCCAAAACCCAGAACCUUCGAGGAGUCCUCCUCCUGUUUCUCCCUGCUCCAGUUUUGAAUGCCCAAGCUUACCCAUAACCAAAGACAAGGAGCAGCUAAUUUCCUUCAUAGAAAGCAACUCGGUUGUGAUCGUUCGAGGAGCCACCGGCAGUGGCAAGACCACCCAGCUGCCACAGUUCAUCUUGGACCACUACAAUGAGAAAACCGCCUCCUGCAACAUUGUGGUCACACAGCCGCGCAAGAUUGGAGCCACCAGUAUCGCUCGCUGGGUUGCUGCUCAGAGGAAGUGCAUCCUGGGCAGUCUGGUGGGAUAUCAGGUUGGUACACCUGUGAAGUAGUAAGUGAGUUUGUGUUUGACAUACUGAUG